GGGUUAUUCUAAGCAUACGACCGUGGUGAAGCAUAUUGGACACACGGAAUCAGUUGUUUCAUUAGUGCGCUUCACUUUUGGAAGAAAACGCAGGCCCUGGAAGUGUGCUCUACAGGUCGUGGUGUAUGCCGAUUACCAAACGAGGAAAACAUACUACAUAAUUCGUUCGAUUUAUACUGGCUAAUCGUGCGAGAUGAAUCAGUCCGAGCGUGAUAAUAGAUUGAUCCUAUCGGGAGCCCCGGAGCCAGUGAAUGUUACCGAAGGAUGCGGAUCUUUGGGAAUGUACUUGAUGAAACGAUUAAUGCGCCACGGUGAUAACGUAGCAGUGAUCGAUGGAGUGUAUUCGAGCGAGCUGCGAUAUUUGGAACUGUUGGAAACCGGUGUACGCCUAGCGGAGGGCCUACGCAGCGAGGCGGGCCUGCGUGCCGGCGAUGUCGUGGGAAUAAUAAGUGAAAAUCGGCUCGAAUUUCCCGUAGCCUUGUACGCGUCUUUUUUCGCGAAUGCCGCUGUCGCGCCGAUUAACUUGACAUACACCGAACGUGAAUUCGAGCAUGCACUCAACCUUUCGAAGCCAACCAUAUUGUUCAUUUCGCCAUAUUCCGCCGAACGGGUAGUUCCAGUAGCUCGCAAACACCGGCAUUUUAUCAAGCACAUUUUUCUGUUUGGCGAUGAGAACUCGUUCGGACCAGACGUGGUGCUUUACGAUGAUUUCUUCUCACGUACGAGUGCCAUCAAUCCGUACUACUUCCGGCCAGAACCGACGAAUAUGGAAGAGCACGUCGCUUUGAUCAUGUGCUCCUCCGGAACGACCGGCCUACCGAAAGGUGUGCAACUAACGCAACGCAAUGUUAUAGCAAGCGUAUCCCUGUUGACCAUGCUGGAGGCUUCGUUCGAAGUGCCCACCGUAGUGUUGAGUGUAAUACCAUGGUUCCAUGCGUUCGGUUGCCUCACAUUGAUUAAUGUUAUAUGCAACAAGCUAAAGUUGGUAUUUUUACCAAAGUUUGAGGAAGGAUUGUUCCUAAGCUGCAUCGAAAACUAUCGUUGUUCGUUUGUGUUCGUCGUUCCCCCGCUGAUGGUGUUCUUGGCCAAACACCCACUGGUGGAUAAUUACGAUCUCAGCAGUGUGGACACGCUACUGUGUGGCGCGGCCCCAUUGAGCAGGGAAACGGAAAUGUUGGUCCGGAAGCGUCUUGGCGUAAAGCACGUUCUGCAAGGUUAUGGCAUGAGUGAGACCACACUGGCCAUGUUGGUACAGACAAACGAUUCGAAAAAGUCCGGAAGCGUAGGAAAGCUGCAGGUGGGUACGAUGGCGAAGGUGGUUGACAUUUCGUCCGGGAAGUUGCUGGGUCCCAACGCACCGGGCGAACUGUACUUUAAAGGCACCCAAAUUAUGAAAGGAUACAUUGGGAACGAAACGGCAACAAAUGAAACGAUCGAUAAAAACGGCUGGCUACGCACCGGGGACAUUGGUUACUAUGAUGAGGAUGGAGAAUUUUUCAUCGUUGAUCGCUUGAAGGAGCUGAUCAAAUAUAAAGGGUUUCAGGUGCCACCAGCCGAAAUUGAGGCGAUCUUACUUACGAAUCCAAAAAUUAAAGACGCAGGCGUUGUCGGACUACCGGACGAGGCAGCAGGCGAACUGCCGAUGGCCUUCGUGGUCAAACAGCCGGGAACAAAUCUUACCGAGCAAGAGGUGCAACGAUACGUGGCCGAUCGCGCAUCGCCAGCCAAGCGAUUGCAUGGUGGCGUUCGUUUCGUUGCGGAGAUACCAAAAAAUGUGAGCGGUAAAAUACUCAGACGUGAGCUGCGGGCGAUGCUAGAACGACCGCUUUCCAAGCUGUAAGCCUCUGGCCGAAAAACAUUAUAUCCGACGCAGACGGCCAGUGGUGGUACUAUUGAAAGACGCGUGACGUAUGUGUGUGUGCGAUUUGGAAAUGGAUGAAAAAUCGUUUAGGAUUAAUUGUAUUUAAAAACUACACCUACGGGGAGGGUUGAUCAUUCUCACUACGAAGAAGAAAAAAACAAAGCGGCUUGAUGGGUAUGGUUCAAAGUUUUCCAAUGUUUCACUAACAAAUAAAACUAUGUUCAUAUCAAUGUUUAGAACCAGUGAACAAGUCUAA